ACUUUCCCCACUUCCGCUGGGUCAUGUGUCAUGCGAAAAAAAAAAAAAAAAAAAAAAGUCCCUUCGUGAUGACGUCGUUUAGUUGGGAAGUAACACGGAAAUAAGUGAGAAAACAUCAGCAGGUUGGUGGCAGAGUCCCGGCCGGGCUGUUCCCUGGUAGUCUGGUGAGUCUAAAAGAUUUGGGGCAUUGAAUGAGCACCCUAGGGCAGGCCGCCAAGAUGGUGCAACCCAAUGAAGGAUCCGGUAGUAGCUACGCCGCCCCAUUGUGUGCUGGAGGGUCUGGAGACAUGUCCUUGGGGAAGCCAGAAGCCAUCCCACCCGAAGUAUGUAACCACGAGGCCUUUCUACGCCUGAGGGCUGAGAACCAGGAUUUACGAGUGGCCCUGGAGCAGAGUAACUCCAUGCUCAGGAAGAGACACAGUGAGAUGCUGGAAUUCCAGGAGACGCAGAGGAGAGAGCGGGAGUUCAUUGCGUUCAAGUUCAGUGAAGCAAAGAACCUUGUGUUGAGGUUAACAAAGGAGCGGGAUUCCUUACAAGGGCAACUCGAGGAGGCGAAAAAACAUCUAGCAGGGAUGACUGCCACGGAGCACGAGCCCACGAAAGAAGGACAGCUCGAGGCUAACAGCCCGGGGAGCUCUAUGUCCUCCUGUGAAACUCUGACCCAAAGUAUGUGUGAAACACUGAGAGAGACAGCACGAAGUCACGUGGGGGCACCCCGAGCUGAGCAGGAUUUGCAGAGAACGAUGGACGCAAACUUGAAACUGGAAAACGGGAAGUUUCAGAUCACGGAUUCUGCAGUCACAAAUGGGGUCAGAAUGCGGGAGCCUGAAGUCUUGAAGAUACAGACAGAAGUAAAUGUCCUACAGGGAGCAGGUGAAAGAAAUUCAAGGGCUGAGCAAGAUCUUCAGGAGAAGUUACAGGAGGCAGAAAAACAGAAUACGCAGCUUCACGAACAGAUACAGGAGCUUAAAGAGGAAGUUUCACAAUUGACGCAUCACCUGACAGAGCAGGCGGAGGACGCACAUCGAAAAUUACAGUUACUGGCCGAGGAGAAGAUGUCUGUGAAAGCCCAGGUAACGUCCCUGCUGGGGGAGCUGCAUGAGAGCCAAAGGAGUCUGGAGGUUUCUACACAGGAGAGAAGAAAGACUGAGGAAAGCCUGCGGAGUGUCCGGGAGCAGCAGCGGGAAGGGGAGGCUCAGAUAAAGCAGCAGGUUCUCCAGCUGGAUCAGCACAGAAUGCAGGUGCAGAACCUGGAGGCGGCGCUGAAAAUGGAGCGACAGAACGCCAGGGAAGAGAUGAGAAAGCUGUCCCAGCUCCAGUCUGCGUAUCACAAGUUAUUUCAAGAAUAUGAUCUCCACAUGAAGAACAGCCUACAUCAGGAGAAACUGAUGACUAGCUUGGAAGUUGAGGUCCGAGAACUAAGGCAACAGCUGCAGGAGGCAGAAGAAGCCCUCGUAGCCAAGCAAGAACUUAUAGACAAGUUGAAGGUGGAAACAGACGAACAAAAAGGUCUGAAAGAAACAGUCGGUGUACUGAAGGCUCAGGCAGAAAUAUAUUGUGCAGACUUUCAUGCAGAACGGGAAGCGCGGGCUAGACUCCAUACAGAGAAGCAGAAGCUACAGGAACAGCUGGAUGAACUUCUGCGAGAAAGGUUGAGGAAUGAGUCUGGUGGGGCCAGGGCGAGAAUGGAAGACAUGAUGAAAAGACAUUCUGAUACUUUACACCCGAGCAUGCAUGGAGCGUACCAAGCAGCCUAUCCUACUCCACCACCUCCUUCCAUUCACCCUUUGGUAGAGCAGCAAGAAUACUGCUGCCCAAAGUGUCAGUACAAAGCCCCAGACAUAGAUACUCUGCAGAUACACGUGAUGGAUUGCAUACAAUAGCUCCUCAACACUAUGGACUGCUCCUCAUAUAGACUAUGAAUGGAGAACAUGGACUGCGUACCAAAUGCACACUUACCUGACUGUACACUGUAAGCUGAAGGACGAUUCGUUGUUUGGGGGGAUGGGGUUUACAAAUGUAAGAAAAAUUAAUUGUUGCUUAAAGGACAUCUACAGCCUAAAUAUACUCAUCCCCUACCCACAAGAUAGGGGAUAAGUGUUUGAUUGCAGGGGGGUCUGAAUGCUGGCACCUCCCCCACCCCACUUCUGCACGGGGCCACAGCUUUCCUGUGCAGGAGGCGUGCCAUCCACAGCAUGACGCCACGGCUGACACGCCUCCUCCAUGCAGUUCUAUGGGGGAGUGGAAUGCAGCCUUCAUGCCUCUCCCAUAAAGCUGUAUGGGGAGGGGGUGUACCGCCAACCUCAGUAAGGUAGACGCUACGCGCAUCAGCGCGGCAAGGCCAGGGUCCCGUUCGAGUCAGGAUAGGGGAUAAGUGUAUUUAGGCUGCAAAUGUCCUUUAAUGUUAAUACAAGGGUUUAUAAAUCAUUUUCCAAAGGAAAGUCUUCAAUGCUUCUACAAUAGACCCAGAAGGACAAGAUGCAUCUAUUGUAAGUUUUACCUGACUCCGGCCGCUGAAUGUGUUCUGUGCCUCUGUUAAAAGAGUGUUUUACCUGCGCCCCUGUAAAUAAAAUCUGCUAUAACCUAGCACCAACUACA